AGCCAGGGCGGAAUCUCCCUUGCAUUCUUCGAGCUCCUCCGCGUUUUGCAGUAUUAAAACACCACUGAGGCUGCGCGAGGAAGGACUAGCUCUCUCGGCCCUCACUUGGCUAUCCCCACCGCAGGUUACUGCAUCUACAAAGAUUGUGCGAGGGUGCACUGUGAUUUCGUCGCUGCGGGAAGAGGUUGGGGUUUUUGAUUUGUGUGUGUAAGGUUUUUGAUCAUAGAGACAGGUGAAAUUUUCACUAUAGCUGUUGGUUUGUUGGAGAUUAAUUCAGAGAUGGCGAGCUAUGGCCGCUUCGGUGACUAUACCGCCACAAACUUGGACCGGGAGGCAUACAGGCCCGCGGAGAAGCUGCGAAUCUCCAUCACAGGGGCUGGUGGGUUCAUCGCCUCGCACAUCGCGCGCCGAUUGAAGAGCGAAGGGCACUACAUCAUUGCCUCCGACUGGAAGAAGAAUGAGCACAUGAGCGAGGAUAUGUUCUGCGACGAGUUCCACCUCGUGGAUCUGCGCGUCAUGGACAAUUGCUUGAAGGUCACCAAGGGCGCCAAUCACGUCUUCAACCUGGCCGCCGACAUGGGGGGCAUGGGCUUCAUCCAGUCCAAUCACGCUGUCAUUAUGUACAACAAUACCAUGAUCAGCUUCAACAUGCUUGAAGCCUCACGCAUCAAUGGUGUCUCUAGGUUUUUCUAUGCUUCAAGCGCGUGUAUCUAUCCUGAAUUCAAACAGCUGGAGACUGACGUGAGCAGCCUGAAGGAGUCGGACGCUUGGCCCGCUCUGCCCCAGGAUGCUUAUGGCCUUGAGAAGUUAGCCACGGAGGAGCUGUGUAGGCACUAUACAAAGGACUUCGGCAUGGAGUGUCGCAUUGGUCGUUUCCACAACAUCUACGGUCCCUAUGGAACCUGGAAGGGGGGACGUGAGAAGGCUCCCGCUGCCUUCUGCAGGAAGGCCUUGACAGCUACCGAGUACUUUGAGAUGUGGGGCGAUGGCAAGCAAACCCGUUCAUUCACCUUCAUCGACGAGUGCGUGGAGGGCGUCUUGCGCCUGACGAAGUCCGACUUCCAGGAACCAGUAAACAUCGGCAGUGACGAGAUGCUGAGCAUGAACGAGAUGGCCGAGAUUGUGCUCAGCUUUGACAACAAGAAGCUCCCAAUCAAGCACAUCCCCGGACCGGAGGGAGUGCGCGGGCGGAACUCAGACAACACUUUGAUCAAAGAGAAGCUCGGCUGGGCUCCCUCCAUGCGCCUCAGGGACGGGCUUGCCAUCACAUACAAAUGGAUCAAGGAGCAGAUCGAGAAAGAGAAGGAAUCGGGUGCCGAUCUUGCAUCCAAAUAUGGAUCCUCCAAGGUGGUCGGCACCCAGGCCCCAGUGCAGCUGGGCUCCUUGAGAGCCGCCGACGGCAAGGAGUAAACAGUUUUGCACCAUUUUGAAGCUAAUGAAAGGCUUUUUAAUAAUGAAAGGCUUUAAAUAACGUGGGCUUCAAAUCCGAGGAAAUCGGGGGGGAUGGUGGCUGGUUGAAGCCAGCGGAACGAGACUCACGCGGUGGAGUCCAGUGCAGUAUAGAGCUAUACAAGAAGGUUUGACUGCCUUGGAUUACUUGCUGCAGUUGCAACCAGAACUGAGCCAUUCUAUAUUCAUUAUCUCUUGUUACCUUUGCUAGCAGCUGAGGAAAGCCUAGUACAGCCUUAGAACGGAAGGGUUGUCACUGUAACUGUUGUAGGAAAAACCUAUGAAAACAGAACAUAACCAAUUUCAGCGGGCUUUCCAACGCUACCUUUGGAUGCCCUUCGUAGUGUUCUAUGGUUUUUCAAUUCUUUGUAUGAGAUGCUCUGAUUGGAUUUGUCGGUUGCUCUAGAAAAUUAAUAUAGUAACACAAUUUCAA